CGGUAAAGGUUCAGAUAAAUUCUCAGCACUUAGUAGAUUCUACACCAGCUCCAAGUGCAGUAUUGAGAAAUUGGCUCAUGUUUUGUCCACACCAUCUGUUCAAUAUUUAGUGGUCCAUUCAGCAGUCUGUAUAGAUGGAAUAUUUUAUCGCUAUCUGGAUUUUCGUCUUUAUGUUUUUGUUAUAUUUCGCGGUCAGGAUCCAUGAUAUAUUAGUAGAGAGGGCACUAGGAGAAUCAACCCCAAGCCAAACCAUACGAGUAUAUUCGAUCAGCAAUCCUAACCGAGAAGGAACCUCCAGAUCGGGCGAAGGAAGUGUAAAAGACGACUUGCCUUCAUACGAGGACUUUGUUGUGCAAAGCGGUCUACCGGAUUUCAAAACGGCCACAGCAAGCCAAGAAAACAUAGCUUCAAACUCCGCGGAUAAUUCUGUGACGAUUCCUAUUGAAAACAGUACCCGUUCCGGAAAAUAAUAUUCAAAAUUAGAAAAUAGAAUAAGAUUAGAUAAAAGAAUUUAGUUUUGUAUUUAAAAUACAGACAUGAAAAUAUUUUUUUAUUUA